UUUUAUAAAAUGCCACACUGCGGCAAACUUACAAAUAAAAUAACUUAAUUUCGUAUGAAUCCUUUAACUAACAUGAAAAAUGUGCUCAAAUUGAGCGAGCACGAGCUACACCAUGGCGGCAAGAAGAGCUGGCACGACAUGUACCGGGAUUCAGCCUGGAUAUUUGUCGCUGGAUUUCCGUACACUCUUUCGGAGGGAGACUUGAUCUGCGUUUUCUCGCAGUACGGUGAGGUCGUCAAUAUAAACCUUGUCCGAGACUCCAAGACGGGCAAGUCCAAGGGCUUUUGCUUCCUGUGCUAUGAAGACCAAAGAUCCACUGUUCUGGCCGUCGACAAUCUCAACGGUAUCAAGAUAAUUGACAGAACGCUGCGCGUGGAUCAUGUAGCGGACUACAAACCGCCGAAGGAAAACGAAAAAAUGGACGAGGAGACUCUUCGACUUUAUAUGGAGGGAUGUGCGCCGAAGCCGCAGCUUCCACAGGUAAAAACUGAGAAAUCUAAAGAAAGAAAGUCAUACAAAUGAUUUUUACAAGUCUUCUUUAGUCUCAGUUAAGAAAUAGGCUAAUAUAAUAAAAGCUGC